AUGGCACUACAAAUCGUAAUCACUUCUAUCUCACUGUGUAUGAUUGUUCUGGAGUGUUCAACUCAUCAUCAAGUAACUGCUGGUGCGCCGAUCGCAUGUUACCCACGGACAAGAAAUCAAAACUUUCUAUCUGCAAUUCAUAAAGAACUACGACAUGUUCCCUAUCGACAAACGGUUACUCGAUCACAUGUUCUCUGCGUAAGUUACUGCCAUGCUGACCCUCUGUGCCAGUCCGUCAACUACAACAUGGACAGUCGUUUGUGUGAGUUAAACAACAAAACCAGAGCUCGGUGUCCUAAUGGCUUGGUUACACGUUACGGGAGUGCGUACUUUGAUGCUGAUUUAGACACAUUUCUGUUCUCGCAGCCUACAGACCAGAGCGAAGAUGUACACCCCAAUCCUUCAUCAUCUCUCACCUCAUUGCCCCGGCAAAGGGAUUGCGAGGAACUACGCCAGGCGGGUUACAACGCAAGUGGUAUCUACACUAUCACCCCGACCGGGUUUGACAGCGGCCUGAAAGUCUACUGCAACAUGGACACCGAUGACGGGGCGUGGUGGAUCGUCAUCCAACGGCGUCAAGACGGCAGUGUGGAUUUCUUUCGCAACUGGACAGAGUACGAAGUUGGCUUUGGGAGCUUGGCUAAUGAAUUCUGGCUGGGAAACGACAACCUACGCGCCCUGACUGAUGGGUCUGGCUCAUGGCGGUUGAUGGUCAAUCUAGAAGGCGAGCAAAAUAAAACGGCAUUCGCAGAAUACGGACAGUUCCGGAUUUCUGGAGACAACUUCACUCUGCAUCUUGACUCGUACAGUGUGGAGAGUACGGCAGGGGACUCUCUCUACAUAUCUCACAAUGGAAAGAUGUUCACUACUAAAGAUAGAGACAAUGACUGGAAACCGGAUGCGAACUGUGCGGCAACCACCGCUGGGGCAUGGUGGUACAAGUCCUGUUACAAUUCUAACUUAAAUGGUUUGUUUCACGCAGACCAACGGGUCCGAGGGAUGCGUUGGUCAUCGUGGAACGAUAACAUUCCAGUCAAGAAAUGCACUAUGAAAAUCCGGUUAAACACUUGA